GGGUCAUAUUUUAACUCAUGCAAAGGCGCCGCGACCCCGAGCACGAAUGGGGAGUUCCGUGCGUAUCCCUGUUUGGUAUGAAUUACUCCGGCCCCCCCUCCCCAUCACAUUCUUUCGCUCUCACACUCAUUCAACAACGUGAAAGAUUGCGGAGAAGUACUGAGCUUUCUCUCCUCCUCUCCACCGUAACAAAAGAUGGCACGGCUGCUGAAAGCGCUCUGGAGCCGGAGGAGCGCGGGGAUCCUCUUCUGCACGCCGCUCCUCCUGCUCCCUCUUCCCCUUCUAAUUAGAUCGAAGGAGGCAGCAUGCGGUUAUGUGAUUGCGCUGAUGGCUAUCUUCUGGUGCACUGAGGCCUUGCCGCUGGCCAUCACCGCCUUGCUGCCUGCCCUGCUGUUCCCCUUGCUGGGUAUCAUGAAGUCCAAAGAGGUAUGCAUGCAGUACCUGAAGGACACAAACAUGCUGUUUGUGGGGGGGCUGAUGGUGGCCGUGGCCGUGGAGCACUGGAACCUGCACAAGCGCAUUGCCCUGCGGGUGCUGCUCAUCAUGGGGGUGCGUCCAGCACUGCUGAUGAUGGGCUUCAUGGCCGUGACGGCCUUCCUGUCCAUGUGGAUCAGCAACACGGCCACCACCGCCAUGAUGGUGCCCAUUGUCCAGGCUGUGCUGGAGCAGCUCAACCAUGGUGAGGCAGAGACACUGCAGAUCAUGAGCAGAGAUGAGAGGGACCAGCCCCCAGAACCAGACAGCAAGCAGGCGGGGGGACACGUUGCCCCUCAGGAGGCUAUGGAGUGGAAGCAGAUGUGUAAGGGAAUGACCCUGUCUGUGUGCUACGCUGCCAGCAUUGGGGGCACCGCGACUCUCACUGGGACAGGCCCCAACCUGGUCCUCAAAGGCCAGAUGAACCAGCUCUUUCCUGACAAUAGGGAUGUGAUCAACUUUGCCUCAUGGUUUGGCUUUGCCUUCCCCAACAUGAUCCUCAUGCUGGUCCUCGCCCUGCUCUGGCUGCAGUUCAUCUUCAUGGGCUUCAACUUCAGGAAGACGUGGGGCUGUGGGAUGGAGAAAUCACAGAGAGAGAUUGCGGCCUACAGCGUGAUCCGCGAGGAGCUCCGUAAGCUUGGUCCCAUGUGCUUCGGGGAGCUGAGUGUCCUGGUGCUGUUUGUCCUCCUGGUGGCGCUGUGGUUCACCCGGGACCCGGGCUUCACGGCUGGCUGGGCCACGCACCUCUUUAACGCCGAGGCGGAGUAUGUGACUGAUGCAACGGUGGCGGUCUUCAUCGCCGUUCUCCUCUUCAUCCUCCCCUCCAAGGCUCCACGGUUCUGCUACAGGGGCGACUUUCCAGCUGAGUCUUCGCCCCCCAACCCCCCCUGUCCAGCACUGCUCACCUGGAACAUCGUCCAGAAGAAGUUGCCCUGGAACAUCGUUCUUCUGCUUGGUGGUGGCUUCGCCUUGGCCAGGGGGAGCGAGGUCUCAGGUCUGUCUAAGUGGAUGGGCGGCCAGAUGACGCCUUUGCACAGCAUCCCUCCCUGGGCCAUCGCCACUGUGCUCUGCCUCCUGGUGGCCACCUUCACCGAAUGCACCAGCAACGUAGCCACAGCGACCCUCUUCCUGCCCGUCCUGGCCUCCAUGUCUCAGUCCAUAGGAGUGAACCCACUCUAUGUCAUGGUACCUUGCACUCUCAGCGCCUCGUUCGCCUUCAUGCUACCUGUGGCCACACCCCCUAAUGCCAUCGUCUUCUCCUAUGGCUACCUCAAGGUAUCAGACAUGGCCAAGGUGGGCGUGGUCAUGAACAUCAUUGGCCUCUUCUGCAUCACGCUGGCCAUCAACACCUGGGGCAAGGCUAUGUUCCAACUGGACAGCUUUCCGGUCUGGGCCAACGGCACAAGGGUGUGAAAGCCAGCAGAGGGCACCAUUCCUCGAGGGGCUGAGGACCUCAAUGGGGCUUCCACAGUACCACAGCUGACCUGCAGGCGCACUACAGAGAUAUGCUUCUGCAUGAGCUGCGGACAACUGGUCUAUGUCCACCAAAAAAAUACAUUUUUAAAUCUUCAGCAUGGACCUUCCCUGCAUCCCAAACUUGAGCAGGCUACCUCGCUCUGACGUGGCUGUGAUACCCGAACUCGACCAAAUGCAUUCAAAGACCAUCCGUCUUGUCAGGAACCUGUGUUUGCAUCACACUCAUCGGGAGAAUCAUCUUCUGGCUGGACGUUACACCCUUUCACACUGUCUCUGAUUUUACUGAAAGACCUCAAGAGUGGCUGUAGUGGAUUUUUUGUAAUUAUACGAUUUGACUCUGACAGCUGGGUGCCUCUUUAGGGGCUGGAAAAAAAAACAAAUAUUCACAUGCCAACUAAAAAAAUAAUAUGUCAUUAGUCAGAACUAUACAUUUCAAGUAUAGUUUCAUUUCAUUCACCUAGCACUUUGUAUUGAUGAUAAUGAAUAGAAGAGCCAGAUAACCGUGUUAUUGUAUUUCUGGUGGUGCCUUAAUGCAAAGGGUUGAAUUUGAAAUGGCGGGAGGGGGGUGCAAAAUAUGCUAACACCGCAAUGGGCGCACAUGCGAUAGCCACAUCUUGAAAGGAGGCAGUGCAGUGAUCGAGCACAUACAAGGAUACAAGGAGUUCAACGCGGACACUUGUACUUAGGUUGAGUGAAUCCCACAAUAUUUGUUAUUAUAAUUUUAUUAACAAAAACUAUGUAUAAAGUUGAAUAGUUUAAACCAGGGGUGUCAAACUCCAGUCCUGGGGGGCAGAGUCCUGUGUAGCCAAGUUCUUUCCCUGUUCUGCCAUAAAUGACUCGGUUCAAGAGUUGUGUGGUAAUUAGCACAAGGAGUUGAAUCAGGGGAGUUAAAUGAGGGGAAAUCAAAAAUGUGCAGCCCCCCCCCCCCAGUACUGGAGUGACACCCCUAGUUUGGAAAAUACCCUGUUCAAAUCACAGCAGCAGUAAGGAUUAUAAGCAUUCAACAUUCUGUAUUGUGAAUUUACAGGGCAAUCUACUAUAACUUUUCUCUGCCCAGCGUUUCCCACCCUGGUCCCUCCACCUUCCGAGUCCUUUUCCCGUUUCAGCUCCAUGCACACAGUAAUGGUGGCAACUGAACAUAUCUGCUGUGUUUUGAUUUCUAUGCUCCUUUACUCCCUCUUAGUUAUGUGCAGCAUUUCAGAAACAUUUAUCAGCCUUAAACACUGUUUGUUCACGAAUGUACCCAGGUGUCAAUAAAUACAUAUUUUAGGUCUGAAUGUCUUACGGAGAACUGAAUAUGUGCUCGUCUGAGUAUAAGAAAUAAAGACAUGAGGUACUAAU